GUUUAGAUUUCUCCUUUGUGUAGGUGGAGAUUUAUCCCUUAAAGAUACAUCUGACUGAGUCAAUGUACAGAAUGAUGUGGGCGUAUUUUUUCCCAGAAGAUGAACAAGACUCCCAGAGGCGGCAGGAAGUAUGGAAAGUUUCAACAACUGCUGGUGCCAAACGUGCAAAGAAAGGCUCAGUGCAGGAAGCACCAGCGUCAAGUAGCCAUUUAACUAAAGAUUCUCAGUCUUCCUCUUAUGGUGAUUUAUCCCUAGCAUCAAAGGUGCAGAACCAAAAAGCUAAUGUUACUGCUGUGACCCCUAAGCUAAGACGAACAUCCUCCUUUGAUAGAAACUGGGAAGAAAAUGUAGCUGAAUCUGUUGCUAAUGAACUUGUACUGCAAAUGCACUCAUCAAGUGUUUCUUCUUCAAAAAGUGGGCCCCUCUCAAAUAUUGAGCAGCCAGAUGAAGCUAACAGAAACAAAUCCAAGGAAUCAAAAUUAGUUAAAUCUGGUCGUUCCUCUCAUGAAGAGAAAAAGGUGGGGAAGACACAUGAUGAGAAAAAAUCUAGGCCCCGAAGAAUGAGAGAGUUCCACAAUAUCAAGAUUAGUCAAGUUGAGUUACAAAUUACAUAUGAAGGAUCAAGAUUUGCUGUGGGUGAUAUGAGAUUGCUGAUGGAUACAUUCCAUCGCGUUGAAUUUACUGGAACCUGGCAGAGAUUAUUCUCACGAGUUAAGAAGCAUAUCAUCUGGGGAGUCCUUAAAUCAGUAACGGGAAUGCAGGGCAAGAAGUUCAAAGCAAACAACCAAAAGGAAGCCAGUGCUGCUAGUGUUCCCAAUAUUGAUCUUAAUCUCAGUGAUAGUGAUGGUGGUUCAGCUGAAAAAUCUGAGCAGAACCUGCUAUCCUGGCCUAAGCGUCCCACUGAUGGCGCAGGUGAUGGGUUUGUCACCUCAGUAAAAGGCCUUUUUAAUUCCCAGCGCAAAAAGGCUAAGGCUUUCGUGCUUCGCACAAUGAGGGGUGAAGAAGAUGACUUACACGGUGACUGGAGUGAAGGUGAGGCGGAAUUCUCUCCUUUUGCGAGACAACUGACCAUAAUAAAGGCCAAGAAGCUGAUUAGACGGCAUACAAAGAAGUUCCGUUCCAGAGGGGCAAAAGGUUUAUCUUCUCAACAAGAAUCACUUCCUUCAUCACCAAGAGAAAACGCCCCAUUUGAUAGUGAUUCUUCAAGUGAAACAUCGCCUUACGAGCAUGAGUAGCAGAGCUUGAUAACAGUAAAAGCAUAUUCGUUUAGGAUCUAAAAUGGACUCUGCCAAUGGCAGCAAUUCCAUUUGAAUAGGGCUUUGUAGCACUCCUACUUAGACUGUGUGAGAUGCCUACUUGUUCUAAAAUGCAGAACGAGGUAAGAGCUGUGCACACUGAUGGAAAAAAGUCCACUAUCUGUUUAACAUAUCAUUGCCUUUUAGAGUUCUUGAGAUAUCUUGGAAAUACAAGUGGGGUGAUUCCUGAGUUAUGGGAUUUUUUUAGCUUCUUAGCACUAUGUAUUUAUUCUUUCACCUAUGUAGAAUGUACUCCUGGACUUGUAAUAGUCAAAAAAAUUGUAAUCAUGUCUUGUCUUUAGCAAGAAGCCAAAAGGCUCAUCACUGCCAGUACUCAUACAUUAGACUAAAUUAUAAAGUUCCGUUUGCUAAAUUUAUCACAUUGAACUGUAAUUGUGGA